AUGUCAUUUCGGGGCACAUAUAAGUAUCAUCAGGAGAGGGACAUGGCUAUGUCUUGCAACACGACUGACAAUUCACAACUCGAUCUAAAAGCAUCUCGGAAUAGAGUAAUUCAGCGGAGCCAUUGAAGUAGCCUACAGAAAAUACUUCAUGCAGACUCAAAAAUAAGUUCACUGGAGGCUCAGACAGUCCCACAGUCUCCACAACUUUUCCGUCAACCUGUGAGCACCACGGACAGGGGAAAGAGGGGUUUGGGCAAAAUUGUAAAACAAAUUCAAACACGUGAGACCGCACUGACCACACAAGGAUGUCUGUCCACGCGUCCUGGCUACCAGUACCGCUGCUGGUGUGGGGACUAGUCUGCAGCUCAGUGCGCACUGCCCCGUUAGCGGGUAUGCAGAACGGCGCUCUUGAGCGGCAUUGGGAAACGCUCUACUCUCGAUCACUGGCUCGGAACCCGUGGGAAAAGAGAGAAAUCACCCGGGAUGGUGAAUAUCUUAUGGGCAUCAAAAGACUUAGGCGUCUCUAUUGCAACGUCGGCAUUGGGUUUCAUAUUCAAGUUUUACCAGACGGAAAGAUAACUGGAAUACAUAACGAAAAUAGAUACAGUCUCCUUGAGAUAUCACCUGUGGAGAGAGGGAUUGUGACCAUCUUUGGAGUCCGAAGUGGUCUGUUUCUAGCCAUGAACAGCAAAGGGAAGCUCUAUGGCUCUGGUCAUUACAAUGACGAGUGUAAGUUCAAGGAAAGCCUCUUGGCAAAUAACUACAACGCCUAUGAAUCUGCAGCCCACCCAGGGAUGUAUAUUGGACUGAGUAAGACUGGCAAAACCAAAAAAGGAAACCGGGUAACACCAGCAAUGACAGUGACACACUUCUUACCGAGGAUCUGAAUGAUUCCAGACAGACUGUGCCUUCAACAGAGGGCAGAGGAGAGAGAGAGAGGAAACAAUGCACUUUCAAAUGGUUUUUCUAGAGUGAGAUAUUUAAAUAGUUUAUUUAUGAUUCUUGAGGCUUUUUAUAUUUUGGGAAAGUGGAAUUACGUAGAAAGGGAACAUGAAAAAAAUGACUUUUUUUUAUUUUAUUUUAUUUUUUAAAUCUAUUGAAUGUGCGCUGCUAUAAGUGUCUUGAGAGGAGUACAUUUUCUUUUUAAACGUCAAAUGGAUUUUGCACUGUUUUUAAGUUAUUGUUGUGCGGCAAUGGUUGUACAGUACGUGUCCUCGUCUUACUUGUGUUACUUUGAAAGAAGUUGCUGUCCCAAGUUUGUCAGAGUUGUGUCUCAGCAUCAAAAAGAUAGACAAUGACGGCAAAGGUCCAAACCAUUCAAAGUUAAUUACAGGUCCCAUGAUUAGUCAUUUAUUGGCCGACACAAUGGCAAUUGGGACUUACAAAAACUCAACAACACAGAAAUGGGUUUCUGCAUUACAUUUGUCGUGUGGUCAUGGUCAGAGUUGUGUGUGUUAUGGCAGUAUUUCUACGUAAGAAAGACCACUUGUUAUUUUUCCAUUCCUAAUUGAUUUAUUUUUUUACUACCUCAGUGUGGACGUGCAAGCUCUAGGGAUUGUGUUGUUGUUUGUUCUGUGUCUUCUACAGUAUAUGUUGUUCUGUCAUAUUUCUGAGCGUGACAUAUGACGUUGCCACACUUCUGUGUUUUACAAGUUGCAACUUAACCUACACUGUAUACCGCCGAUAAGGUCAACUGGAGGAAUUGAGAGGAACCCAUUCAGAGAGAGGGAAUCUGAGGUUAGAAGGCACAUCUAUAGUGUACGUUCAGGGUUAAAGGGAACUCUGGUCUAGGGUUGAACUAUAUUUUUGUUGUAUGCAUGUAUGGUAAAAACUCUUUCAUAAAUAGUACAUGCAGCACACAAAUGACUGGACGGUACUUGAUUAUCAGUAAUUUAUGACAAUUCCACUUUCUUAUGUUUUCUGUAUUUCAAAUAUAUGUAUUGUUGUACUCAAUGCCUGAUAUGUGGUUUUGUAAAUCCUUGUGAAUUGACUUCCCUUGCAGUUGUCAAUAGUAAGAACCCAUAUUAGCUUUGGGAGUAUGUUGCUAUUUCAGUUUUUUUAUUCAUGCAAACUAAACCAAGAAGAAUGUCCUUUCUUGCUGGCACAGAGGAUGCAGAAAAUGAACAAAAACUGAAACUAGAUGUGUUUCUUACUGUGUUCAUUCAUAUGAUCCCUUGUGAUCUCCUGCAAUCAGUUCAACAUUAUAUUAUGUUCUCUGUUAUGCAUUUCAUGUGUAUAAAAACUAUGUCUGUAGUUUUAUACAGGUCCUGUUCAACUUUGUGGUGUAUGUGCUGUGCACAUUAUCAAAAAACUUAAAGAAAGUCAAUAAAUUAUGUU